AUGGAGACCAGAGCCCUCUGUCUAAUGCUGCUGGUCCUGCUAGCUGGCUCCUCUGGGGUAGCUGCGGAGUACAUUGGUCUGUCUCCAAACCAGUGUAUGGUCCCGGCCAAGGUCAGGGUGGACUGCGGCUACCCCAGCGUCUCCAAAGAGGAGUGUAACAACCGUGGCUGCUGCUUUGACUCCAGCAUCCGGAAUGUGCCCUGGUGCUUCAAGCCCCUGCAGGAGGCAGAAUGCACAUUUUGA